AUGUGGAAAGCGGCAUUUAGCGGUCGAAGCGAGACAGGCAGCGUCUCAGGACGCUCGACCUCGUCGAAGAAGAAGAGCUCGGGUUCGUCGCGCAAGUCGGAGGAUGAGAAUCGCAGACCUGGAAAAUCUUCGAGAAGCAGCACGUACGGCGACGAGGACAGCCCAUCGACCUAUGCGACAGCGCCGAGCUCUCGAGUCGGUGAGCCGCGCUCGUUGACUGAAAGCGCCGUGGGCUUGCUCAACAACGAUGAUGGAGGAUGGGAGGACGAUGACAGAGAUGCGCGCAGCGAGCGGAAGAGCGUCAGGAGCGAGGGGAGGAAGCAUAGGCGGAGGAGCGAGAAGGAGAGGAGUCGGAGCAGGUCGCGAGAGACGACCCACAGUCAAAGGCACCGGAAGAGCAGUCACAAGGGUUCUGAAGUCUCGCGCAGGAAGUCGCGCGAUGCUGACGGAGGCGAUGAGAGGGCUAUACCGGACAUGGGAAGCUUUGAACAGUUCCCAGGUCAAUACGCUGGAGGUGCAAUGGGGCAGUCUGGGAGACAGGAACCCAUGAUGUCCGGCGCGUUGCAGAACACACCCAAUAAUCAGUUCGGUUUGAGCAGGGCCGACAGCUACGGUGCUGCUGCGGAAUACUAUCUGGAUGAAGGACAAUCUGUCACCGAUCAGCCUGGGAUCCGCGCGAGCACUCCGAACAUGCUGGUAAACCCGGACCUUCACUUAAUCGCACCAAGCGCGGAAGCGCAGCCUGCUCAAGACACCGGGCAUGGAUCUGCUGCCGACUUCUACGGCGGCAAAGUCAGCCCAGUACUCACUACCGAGCCACUGCCCGCGAGACCCAGCAAAUCUUCAUCAACAAGCAAGCAAUCGAAGCCAGGCAGAACUCCGUCGUUCGGGAAUGCUGCCGCGGCGACUGCUGCGGGUGUUGGAUUUGGAGCAGCAGCAGCCAGCAGCGCUAGCUCAUACUAUCAGUCACAGAACCAGACAUCAACACCAACGACCUCGUACCAGCAAUCGCCCAGCAGUUCAUCGAAGCCAGCUUCGAGACCGAUCCGCCAAAGCUCCGAACCGGUGACGUCUGGAUCCGCUGGCGCAUAUUACGCUCCUCCGCCUCAGAUGGGCGCGUCUUCGGGAUCUACAGGUAGGCAGAGCUCACAUACUAACACAGGUUUGUACGCAGCAGGCGCCGCCGCCGCUGGAGCAGCGGCAUAUGGGAUGAGCCAGCACCACGGACAGCAUCCAUCGACUCCGUCCGCGUCGGCAUAUGGAGGAGCCGCAUACUCUCACCCACCUUCGUACCAUCAGCAGCGGCAUCAGCAUCAGCACGGCGCGAGCAUGAAUGGCAACAUGCAGCAACAGCACUUUCACGAACACAAGGGACCAAUGACGCGAUUGAAGGAUGGCCUCUUCAACCUCAUCUCGAGCGAGGAAGAUACCAUCAAGAUGGAGAUGUAUACGGAGUACAUCGGGGUGUGCAAACACUGCUUCGACCCUCGAUCUUCACCCUACGAUGCGCCACGACGCCAUCACUACCAUAGCCCGAGCCGGCGCGGGUCGAUCGAGGACUUGCGGAAACGCAGAUCUAAUGAAAGGAUGCGCCGAAGCAGCAGAGAGCAGCUUGGCCGUACCGGCAGCACGCGUGUCGACAAGGACAGCCGGUACUACUCUGACCGCAAGAAAGGCGCCAGCAAGACUGAUCUGGUUGGUGCUGGGCUUGCUACUGCUGGAGUGGUUGCUGGCGCGAAUGCGCUCUUCAACAGCGACGCCAGGAACUUCGAUGAUACUUAUAGCGUCAGGACUGGUCAUCGCGAGAGCUCGGCCGUGAGGCGGAGAAGCCGGAGCUCGUCACGCGAAAGGAGGCGGCGAACCAGCUACGGCGUGAUUGGAAGAGAGUCGGGCGACGAGUACAUCACUGUGCGCGGCAAGGACGGCCGCAUGGAGAAACGAAAAGUGCACCGGUCACGUUCGAGGUCUGGCGAUCGGAAGUCGACCCUCAUGGGCGCGGCAGCUGGCGCAGCUUUGGGCGCUUCUGCGAUGUCAGCUGCUGGCCGAUCACGCCGAAGCCGGCAGCAUUCUCCUAACGGUGCGUUCGUUCGCAGGCGCUCAGGGAGCAGAUCUUCGAGCGGGAGCAGUCGGCAAGGGGGUAUGUUUGGAGGCUUCUUCUCACCUCCUCACCGGAAACGCAGAGGCUCUCGCCCGGAGCGGCGCAAGAAGGAACGCGGUUUCUUCAGCUUCGGCAACGACUCGUCUGCCUCUUCGGACUCUGAGCUUGCGUUCGGAGCCACUCGAAGCGAUCUUUCCCUGCGACGCAAGCCUUCCACAAAGUCCAUCGGCAAGCGCAAGAAGUCUGACGAGCACAUUGCCGCAACUGUGGCAGGUCUCGGUGCUACUGCGGCUGCUCUGGCCGCAGCGCAGAACGGUCACAGACUCGGCAAACGCUCCAGCAGAAUGGAGCUCGGUCCUGGCAGAGAUGCGAGGAAGCGCCAGAUUGCUCGCAAGCAAGGCAAGCAGGCUACUUCGGACGACGAGUGGGAGGAUGAGCUGCCUUCUGAUGCUGAUGAUGCGUCGAGUGGAUCGGACCUUGCGUUUGGCGACUUCGACAGAAAGCUGUCGCGUCAGGGUAGCAAGGAGAGUAUGAGCUCGCAGUCUUCCGGUGCCGGCGGUUUGAGUGCUUGGGGCUGGCGAUGGGGUGGCAAGGACAAGAAGGACAAAAGGACGAAGCGGCGGAGAGUCUCACCGGAGCCACCGGCGUAUCCGCCGCGUCCUGGGCACCCUGGCUAUGGUGACAUGGCUACUGGUAUUGCAGCCGGUGCCGCUGCUGGCGCUGGUCUGGAUGCAGCCCGAAGAAUGUCGCGCCCUGAAAGCACAUACACCUCUGGCCCAAGCACGCCCCAGCAGCCGAUGCAAUAUGUUGACCCGCGACCGAUCUCAGACGCUGGCAGCCUUCCCGGCUCACGACACCCUUCUAUCCCAGGCGACUUCGACGCGCCGUAUACCGCUGCCGCUCGCCCGACCAUCUCACCCGUGCAGCCGAAACCCUUUACUCCUAUCAAGCCUUCCUUCACCCAAGACACACGCGACUUCGACCAUGACCGUCCCAUUCCUCGCCGCAGUCAGUCAAGUCCCGUACAGCAAAGCAGCUGGGGCAAAGACGCCGCGCUCAUCGGCGCCGCAGCUCUGGGCACCGCUGCCGUCAUCGCAAGUCAGGGUCGUAAGCCAAAGGAUGUCCGCUUUGGUCUCACCGAAGAGCAAGAGCGGAGGCAUGAGGAUGAGCGUCGGAAGGAGCAGCAGAGGCUCGAUGAGGAGAGGCGGCGCGCUGAUCGGACGAGGGCGCUUAAGGAGGAGGCUGAACGGCAUACGCGUGAGCAGGAAGUGCUUAGGCAGCGUGCUGAAGGCAACAGGCGUCAAGCGGAGCUCGAGUUGGAGCGGCAGAGAGCUGCGCAGCGGGAGGCAGAGCAGCAGGCUGAGAUCGUGCGGAGACAGGAGCGUGAACGCAUUGGGCGAGAGGAGCGCGCUCUUCGUGAGCGUCGAGAAAGGGAGGCUUGGGAGCGAGAGGAACACGAACGUCAGCUGCGCGAGAGUCGCGAACGUGAGGAAGCGUAUAUCCGCGAGCAAAGGCGCCUGGCAGACGAAAAGCAGCGCGAACAGCGCGAGUUCGCUGAGCAGCAGAGGCGUGAGCAUGACCGAAGGACCAGCGAGCGGCGUCAGUACGAGCGAGAGGAGGAGGAGAAAGCUAAGUCUUCUUCUAUGCCAUGGGGCGCUAUGGCAGCUGGCGCAGCGGCAGCGGGCGUUGGGGCUUAUGCUCUCAAUCAACAUGAGCGGAACAAAGAUGAUGAGCGUGAGGCUCGAAGCACUGCGCGAGAAAGCACCCGUGAGCCGUACGUGGCUCGAGAAGUGAAACCUGCGGGAGUUCUAGAGAAGGUCGAGUCUGCGGAUGAUGUUCUGAACGAUCCCGAGUUCUUCAAGCGCCAACGCAGCCGAAGCCCAGCAGAAUACGCCCGCCACGUCGACGAGCUCGCGCGGAAAGCAGCAGACAAGGUCCAAUCCGUCAACACCGUCGUGGCCGAGAACGACGCGUACUACGCCGAGCCGAAGCAAACGCAAGCAGAGUUCUUCGCGCCGAAGGAAAUCCUCUCCCAGCCUUCUGAGGGUAAGACCAAAGUCGCAGACCCGAUCGGCGACAACUCCGUCCAAGUGUACAACGCCGCAGACGACAAGAUGCGCAAGGAAUUCGAGAGCAGCUGGGGUGGCACGUUCGCCGACCCCCGACAGCAUCCUCCUCGUGGCGUGCCGAAGUUGGAUUUGAUUACGCCUACGCCGCCUCCUGAUUCGAUGCAGAGGAAGCGGAGGGAGACUUCCCCUCUUACCCGAAGCCAAGAUGUCGAGCCGGAAGUCGAAGGAAGGGGCAAGACUACGAGGAGCAGGAGUAUUUCUUGGGGCGCGGAUCAGACGCAUGUUUAUGACGUCGUGACGCCAGAUUCGAUCUAUGAGAGGCAGUCAUACAUGGACAAUCAACACGACUAUGCCACGCCCGGGGUGGCUGCGGCUGGCAUCGUUGCUGCUGCUGCCGCUGGCGCUGCGUUGGACGAAGUCGUCGUGGAGCCGGCUUCGCCUAGCGACGAAGAGGGCCGGCGGACGUAUCGCGAGGAAGACUUCCCCAGCGUGCCGAAGCCAAGUCCGCGGCCCGACGAUUUCGACGUCAGCGUCGAAGAGGUUUUCGACGAGCGGGACGAGCCUCGCUUUUACGCGCAGCCGUUCCAUGACUCGGUGCCUGACAUCGGCGGCUUCGGCGGUUUCAACGUCGACUCGCCUGGUACGGAGGGUGCACCGCCGGUGCGGGGAUUUGUUGAGGGUGAGACGGAUGAGCCGACGCCUGCGCUGGAGAGGGCGCCGCAUGUGCCUGGGGGGUUUGAUGAGGAGGAGGCGCCUUCUGGGAGUGCGAUAGAUGUACCUGCCGGCGAGUUUGGGACGGCGGGAGAGAGUUCUUGGGAACCGCCGCUUACGAAGAAGGAGAAGAAGAAGCGGGAGAAGGCUGCUAAGAGGUCUUCUACUCUGGAUGAUGUAGCUGCAGUUGAGGCGGGGACACCGGAAGUUGAGACGGCCAUGGAGACUCCUGCUCAGCCGGAGGAGGAAGGUGAUUACUUCAUGAGCAAGAAGGACAAGAACAAGCGGGAUAAAGCAGCAGCGAUGGCCGCCUUCGCGACAGAUUUCGAACCCGCCGGCGAUGGUCGCGAGGUUUCUGCUCCGCCUGAAGACGACUCCGAAAUGUUCUUGAGCAAGAAAGAUAAGAAGAAGCGGGAGAAGGCGAUGAAGAGAACAAUGUCCGAGGACCAAACGCCACCGCCUGCUACCAUUGAAGAGCCAGUCGCACCCUUCGAGGAGCCAGCUGAGGUCAGCCGCGACGUCGAAGAGGAGCCAGCUUGGGAGCCGCCUUUGAGCAAGAAAGACAAGAAGAAGCGCGAGAAGGAGGCCAAGAAGCAAGGCUUUGCCGAUGUGGCAGAAGCUGUCAUGACUGCUGGAGGUGUUGCUGCGGUCGCUUCCGCUGUGGUUGACGACUCAAGCGAGUCUUCGUCGACGCCCAAGAAGGGGAAGAAGGGCAAGAAAGCAAAGGCAGUGGAGCGGAAUAUUCGCGAUAUCGAGCCUGCUGAGAGUGCCUUCCCGGAGUCGAGCGUGCCAGAGUCGACCGAACCCUCCCACAUGCCUGGUGGGUGGGACAACGAAGGCGCAGAAAAGGAAGCUGAGACGCCAGCGGAGCCUGUUGACCCUUUCCAGUAUCAAAUGCAGGACGACUACACUACGUCCACCACACCCCGCGAAGCCGAUCCGUUCGCGGAGUUUGCAGAUGUCAAGAGCUCGAAGAAGUCGAAGAAGAAGAAGCGGGAUAGUUUGAAGUUCAACGAGCCCACUGUCAGCUCGCCUCUGAGGUCUGGUAUGGCCGUCGACGACUACAUUGGCGAAGACGUCUCUGGUUCUGCUCCUACUACUACGAAUGGACACGACACCGCAGCUACUGAGCAACCGCUGGAACCAACCACCACGUUUGCAGAACGCACCGUUCAGCCUUCUGGGUAUGCAGUCGACGAGCAAGCGCUUCCGCCGACCGACCAUCGCAUAUCGCCAGACGAUCUGCGAUCAGUGAUAUCAGAGCCGGCUGCUCGCAAGUCGUCGAAGAACGAGCGUUCCUACUAUGACGAGCCAGAGUCGUACGAUGAUACUCGGUCUGUGGCAGCCUCAGAGCCAGUCGACACUUACGAGAGCGGGAGAAAGUCAAAACGCCGCUCUCGACACGAGGACGACGACACUGCCUCAGUGGUAUCUUCUCGUUCGAAACGCGAGAAAGAGGAAACGCCGGCGAAAGAGAAGAAGAGUGGUUUCUUUGGCAUGUUCAGCCGCAAGUCUUCUGACACGGUACCUCGUUCGGAAGGUGCAGCUUUGAGCCGCACGUCGACGAGAGACGGCAAAGACGACGAAGCCGAUGAUGGCGAGCGCAAGCACCGCAGACGCAAGCAUCGAAGCACCUCUGAGUAUGGCGAUGAUGACGAUACCAUGAGUGUUGUCUCCAGCUCUUCACGGAAGCACAGAAGCCGAUCUGAGAAGGACUACGGCAGCCAAGAGCGCGAUCGCUCCCGCGCAAGUCGGUACGCCGACGAUGACCUCGAAUCGCGCAACGGAGAUGGCAGUCACAGGCACCAUCGCCGACGGACCGAGGACGAGAACGGCGAGCGACGCGAGAGCAGUGGCCAUCGACACCAUCAUAGACGCAGAACGGAUGAGUACGCCGACGACGGCAAGGACCAGUCUUUUUUAGGGAUGCGGGUAGAGGAUUUGCCGCCUCUACCCGAUAGUCGGCGACAGUCUCUGGACUCAGCAUGGCAAGAAGAUGGGCAAGGGCACGGCAACCUUGUCUCUGCCGAGCCAGAUUCUCUCACGGCUAGCCGUGAUUUCGCCGGAGCGGUUGAUGCCAGCCAGCCGGUGGAUGAUGAGCAGGAGAGAGUCGAAGGACCAGCAAUCCAAGAGGUCCACGAAGACCCCAAGCGCUUGUCAUGGGCAGACGAGGUCGAAUAUCUGCCCGCGCUCCCAGAGUCUCCGCCAGGCUCUCCGACACUGUAUGCCGAGCCUGAUACGCCGCAGCGACCCUCAUCUCUGGGAAGACCUACAUCGACCACUGCAGUACCACUUCGCUUCCCGUUCGGCCAUCAACCAGUGACUCCAAGCCCUCGCAUGGAGCGCGCUGCCAGCUUCGGUGGCACCAUUCCUUCCACCCCCACCACUCCAAGUUCCGCGCAGAAGUCUCGCCAGAAUCGUCCAACCUCAACUGAGAUCAGGCCAUUGUAUCUCGUCGAACGCAACCGAAAAAUUGAAGAGGUGGAGGAGAUGCUUCCAAGCCUGCCAUCCAGCAAGCCGUCAAGUCGAGCUUCGAGCAUGGUCGGUAGCGACGAGUACCUAUCUGCUGCGGAAGAUUGGGAUAGCCCUCAGCGUCGACGGGCCCUGACCAUCGACACUGACCAGGCGAACGAGGAGUGGGCAGAGUGGCAGGGUGAGGAUUACCUCGACUCCCAGCAGACUACCCCUCGAGCGACACAGUCGCCUGAGCACUAUUUUGAAAAGCCACCGCGGUCGGAACCUCAAUUCUACACGUGGGAGGAUUAUGCGCGGGAGGAGCAGAUGCGGAAUGGUGGUGCUGCUGCGCCUUCAGACGAUGGGAGGGAAGAGCAGCCGUCCACUUUCUCGGCGGCUUCGGAGUCGGAGGUGGAGGGCUACUUCCCUCCUCAGGUGCCUCGUGAGGAUGUGAUUGGUGGCGAUGAACUUCCUGCGCUUCCUCCGAGCAGGCCGGGCUCGAGGACUGAUGAUCGAGGGACCUUUGAUAAAGUGGUCGGUGUCGCAGCAGCAGCGGCUGUUGGUGGAGCUGCUGCUCUUGGUUAUCAGGCACUCAAGCCUGACGAGGAGAGGGAACCUACUGAGGAACCUCCACAGAGAGAGGUAGCGGAGCCUUCGGAGCCGGUGCCGGAUGCCUUCGAGGAGCCUUCUGAAGCACAACCUUCCGUAGCUCGAAGCACCUCGGCCAAGAAGAAGAGCAAGAAGGAGAGCAAGAAGGGCAAGAAAGGCAAGAAGACCAUCGAAGAGCCGAAAGCUGCGCAGCCGGCGCUUGCUUACCAGGAUCCAAAGGAGUUCCUGGCCGAUGAUACGUUGAUGGAAGAGGGUCAAGCAAGUGGCCGAACCGAGCCCCAGUCUGAGGCUCCAAUUCAUCAGCCAGAUGGAUUAGAUCGUUCCAUUGCGGCGGAAGAGCAGCGGGAGGAGGCAGCUACUGGCGAGCCUACUCCAAGCUUUGAGGCUGCUGCAGUGCCAACGACAGCCCGUUCCAAGUUCGAGGAUCAAAGUCAACCAACGCUCGACCCGGCUACAGAUCAGCCCCAAGAAUCGCAGGGCCAGACCAAGGAGGUCGACUCAUCUGAGCAGUCUCGGGAUGCCAACGACCGCACCGUCGAUGUUGUAACCGCGCAAAGUGAACUUCUGCCGCUCGGUGACACAGCGCAGUCCAUUCCUGAUGACGACGUUGAUGAGUUCAUGGACGCUGAGGAGCGGAUGGAAGGUGGACAGCCGACAGUCGUUGAAGCCGAAGAGCCUCCACCCCAAGAUCCUUCCAUUCCAGUAGAGACAUCAGACGAGCAAAUGCCAGCAGUGGAACGGGAAGCAGAGGUUGCGCCCACUCCGCCCGCUGAGGUGCCAACACCGAUGGGUCUCCCGGACUUGAUGUCUCGCAAGAGGUCCAAGAAGGCCAAGAAGCAAAAGGCUGCGCCGAUUCUGACAACCAAUGAUCAGCCCGGCUUUGAAGACGAGAGCUCGACGAAAACGGUCGCAGAAGACACUCCCGAAGAGCCGGGCGAUCUGAGUACAACUGUGGAAGCCGGCAUCCCUCAACCUACGGCUUCUGAAGCAUCAACCAGGGACAUCGUAGCCAUCCAAGAAGCCCCUCAAGUUGAAAGCCACGACCAGCAUGUCGAACCCACGCCCGACCUUUCGUCCUUGACUUCUACCUCGCCAACUACCGCACAUGCCACUUUUGGGUCUCCAAGCUCUUCCGCGGCACAGCGCCUUUCCAUGAACCUCGAAGAAUCUACUCCGGCUGAGGCGGCUGCAACUAGUCAGUCGGCCGAGGCCCCAGUGACAACUGAGGAGACACUUCAACCUUCCCAGCCAGUACCUGAUGAGCAGACAGCAGGUCAGCCGAAGCAAGAGGAUCUUUGGGAAACCAGGCCCUCUCUUUCUCGCAAGAAGAGCAAGAAGGACAAGAAGAAGCAGCAGAAAGAGGCCAAGCAGAGCGCGACUGUCGAGGACGAACCGAAGCCUACCGAGGAAGUCACGACUGACGUUCCAGAGCAAUCCAAUGAGGCUUCGCUCGACACACGUGAGGUCAGCGAGGCUGCUCUGCCAGGUUUUGACGCCGGGCAGGAUGAUCUCCACGCCCGCGAUACCAUCGCCCAUGAGUCCCAGCCCGAGAAUGUGGCACUUCCACCAAGCGAUGACACCGACCUUGACGCCGAAGCAGAGCACGAGCUUAGUGCGCCUGUACUUGGCCCUGCAGCUUCAAUUGCCGAUGUGUCCGAUGGUGCUCUGUCCGGACCACCGCUCGAUACUCCCGCAACAAGAGAAGUCGACAAUUCCGCAAGGCAGCUCGACCAAGUUCCCGAAGAGAGCACACCAGCUUCAGAAGCUACGAGAACACCGGAAAUUAUCAACGAAACUAUCGAUCGGCCUCCAGAAGAGCCAACAUCGCCGGUCGACGACUCCGGGACAGGUCUUCCGUUAAGCGACCUCAAGAGGGGAGAAGUCUCCGGUGGCGACAAAGACGCUAGACCUGUCCUUGAUGACGACGCACCAACCGUCGUUGAAAGCGCAGCCCCGGAAACUGCAAAGGAGCCACUGCCUGCCUCGGAAGAGGUUUCUGAUACACAGCAAGCAGAAGCUUCAGUCGAAGAACAUCACGGAGACGCCGGUGCCGCAAGACCUGAUGAAGAAGGCCCUCAAUCCGAGGCUCUGCCAAGCACCGCAACUGCAGAGGAAACGCCGCUGGUUCAGAGCGCGGACCCAGAACCAGAAGCUGAACCAGAUUUUUCUUGGGCUCCUUCGUCAAAGAAGAAAGGCAAGAAAGGGAAGAAGAGCAAGGGCACUGCCGCACGAGACGAAGAGCCGACCGUGGUUCCUGGUUCCACGGAUCCGGCCGCCGCAGAUGAUGCGAAGCCUCCAACAGAGGCUGUUCCUGAAGAGGUACCCCAGAUCGAUGAGCCAACUACAACGUCUGAGGUCAUCCCAGCUUUAGACGAGCCUCCCGCUACGCAAGAGCCAGAAGCGGAACCAGAGUUCGAGUGGGCUGCGCCAUCGAAGAAGAAGGGCAAGAAGGGCAAGAAGAGCAAGACUGGAGCUGCACUGGAUGGAGAGCCAUCUGUGCUGCCCCGUUCUACGGAUCUGGUUGCCGCAGACGAUUCGAAUGCCCCAACAGAACCUCUUGCCGAAGAAGUUUCUCAGGCCAAUGAUCCAACCUUCACGACAAACGAGGUCGUACCAGCUUUGGACCAGCCUCUCACUUCACAAGACCUAGGACAGGAACCAGAAUUCGACUGGACAGCGCCAUCGAAGAAGAAAGGAAAGAAGGGCAAGAAGAGCAAGAGUGUCGGUUUCGAGCCGGGAUCUUCGGAACAGCUGCCUCAAGAGCCCGAGCAGUUGCAAGUCGCAGAUCCCGAUACCACCACAACCAACAACUACAUUGAACCAGACCGAGCAUUUGACGAGCCCAGCCGCCCUGACACCGAUGGACAGACCGCCCCGACCGAGCCGUUGCCUGCGGAAACGGCGAUGCCAGAACCAGAGAUUGACUGGACAUCCUCCAAGAAGAAGGGCAAGAAGGGCAAGAAGAGUAAAACCGUCGGCUACGAAGCAGAACCUUCCGAGCAGCUCCCCCAAGAGUUGGAGUCGCAAGUUGCAGACCCUACUGCUACCGAAGUGGAGGCUCCCUCUGAACAGGACCGCGCCAUCGACGACCCUGUCGCCGCUGGCAUCGACGAACAGGCCUUUUCAGUCGACCCCUUGCCAAUCGAGGAGGCAGUGCCGGAGCCCGAGAUUGAGUGGACUGCGCCAUCAAAGAAGAAAGGCAAGAAGGGUAAGAAGAGUAAAAGCACCGGCUUCGAGGCAGAACCACUGGAACAGCUGCCUCAAGAGUCGGAGCUACGAGUAGCAGACUCUGCAGCCAGCGCGGCGGACACUUCUCUGGACCAGGACCGCGCAGUGGACGAGCUAGGUGGAACUGCCGUCGACGAACAACCCACUUCCGCCGAUACGCUACCAGCGGCAGAAGCAGUGCCUGUGCCUGAACCAGAGAUCGACUGGACGCCUUCCUCUAACAAGGGGAAGAAGGCCAAAAAGGGCAAAGCUGCUGAGCUUGAAGCGCAGCAGUCGGAGCCACUUUCUGUAGAGCCAGGAGCGGCCGCUCCAGAGUUUGCCACCGAAACAGCGGAGCCUUCCCUGGCAGACAAUCUCCAGACUGACCAGCCAAGUACGACCACUGUGGAUGAACAGAUAGCUUUGGAAACCCCGCUGCUGGGCGAGGAGCCUGAGUCAAUCGAAAAAUCGACAUCAGUGAUCGAGCCGACUCCAGCAGAAGAGCCGGUGUUGGGACCUGAGCAGGAGCGUGAGAGUGAUCGUGAGCUUGUGCCUGAGCCUGAUCCCGAGCCCGAGAUGGACUGGGCGUUUACUGCGAAGAAGAAAGGAAAGAAAGGCAAGAAGAGCAAGUCUCUGGAAGUGACAGAGGAGCCGCAAAUGGAGAUGCCUGGCACCACGACUGUGGAUGAUCAGACAGCUACAGACUCUCCACUGCCAGCCGAGGAGCCAACGACGAGUCGGGAACUGGAAGUGCCGACGCCAGCAGAGGAGCUCGUGCCGGAGCCUGAAUUCGACUGGACGUCUUCGUCGAAGAAGAAAGCAAAGAAAGGCAGGAAGGAUAAGUCUUUGCAAGUUGCAGAGGAACCCGCAACGGCACCAUUGGAGGAGUCCCCGAGCCCGGUUGCAGCAGAUAUCACAACUGAUGCAACCGAACCACAACCCGAACUUGGCGACCCGAUUUCGACCACGCUCGACACCACCACGAACGCAGAGGAGCCAACGCCUGCGCAGGAGACCGAACCGGAGUUCAUCUGGGAACCUUUAUCGAAGAAGAAAGGGAAGAAGGGCAAGAAGAACAAGACUCUUGAUUUCACUGAAGACCUGCCAACACCACCAGCCAAUGAAGUUGUUCAGCCUGCCACGGAUGUUGCAGACACCAUCACGGAAAACCCUCGGGAACAAAGCUUGCAAGUCGAUGGGCCUGCACCCGCAGAUGGACCACCGCCGACCGAGGAGGCGGAGGCCGACGUCACCUUCUCGAGUGCAUCCAAGAAAAAGGGCAAGAAGGGCAAGAAGACGCCGUCUUUUGUUAUGCCAGAAGAGCCGCCUGCCCUUCCUGAGGAUGACUUCCCGCCAUCAGUCGAAGAGCCACAAGCGACGACAGAAGAGCCACCAGUGACGACAUCCGAGCAGCUUGCGCCGGAUGACACAGAUGCCACAGACACCGCAAUGGAGACCCCUCGGGAGCAAGAUGUACAACCUGAUGACUCAAUGGGGACCGAGGCGGACGUGACAGCAACUGCGGACGAGCCAAUGCCAGCUCAAGAGGCUGAUCCGGAGUUUACAUGGGCUGCUGCACCGAAGAAGAAAGGCAAGAAGGGCAAAAAGAGCAAAGAGGCUGCCUUGCCAGAGGAGCCUGUUGUGCCCCGUGAAGUCUCAUUGCCACCUGCUACUCCCUCAGAGACCCCAGACGCCCCAGACCCGUUUCUGGAGACGGAGCAGGCGGAGCUCAAGCCGGAUGUCGAUGAUCUCUGGUCUGCAUUGCCGUCCUCAAAGAAGAAGAAAGGGAAGAAGGCUAAGACAGGGGCGUUCCAAUGGACACCAACUGAGGAAGAGCGCGAGCCUUCUUCGGAACCUUCAAACCAGAUGGAGGAAGCUCUGGAACGCGAUGGGACGUCUGCGGCUGAUAUCCCUGAGCCUCAAAUCCUUGAUGUGAUGCCACCGGAAGAACACACUUCGCAGGGAGGUGAGGUAGUCCCAGAUGAUGAGCCGCAGCAAGACACUAUGGCGCUUGACAAGGAUUCAGGUGCCACUGACCCUGCGAGCUCAGCCGAGCCAGCGUUGGUGACUGAACAAUUGGCAGAGGACAGCCGGGACGUUGGAGCCAUAGUCCAAGAUGCCUCUGAGACGUCGCCGACCAUGGCAAUGGAUUUGUCAGAUGUUAGUGGACCUGCUGACGCCGACGUAGCAACAAGAGCACCCGAGGCAGCUGAGGCCACUCUCGAGACUACGCUCAAUGAAAAAGAAGUGCCGGGGUACGCUGGGCCGCACGAACAUUAUGGGUCGGCUGAACGUCUCGACGAGGUACAAGACAACGCUGUUACGACUGAAGAGCCGGGCAAUGAUGCUCCUGCUACGCCGACCGCUGUGCCAGUUGAAAGUGAACAGCUUGCAGAACCUCGCGAGACCACGUCGCCCGGGCCACAAGAGCCCAAGCCAACUGAAGAGGACGAGACCGAGUCAUUCUGGGGCUUUACCUCGAGCAAGAAGAAGGGAAAGAAGGGUAAGAGGUCGAAGCAAGUGCCGGAGCGUGAAGUCCAACCGGAGGCAUUGGAAACCAACCAAGUUGAAGACCAACCGCAGGUGGAUCUUGUCAGCGAGCCCACGGCUGAUAAUAUUGUUACUACGUUGGACGAACCCCAAGCAGCAGUCGAGGCUGACGCCAAUGACAUUUGGACAUCCUCUUCAAAGAGCAAAAAGAGUAAGAAGGGCAAGAAGUCGGCAUCUGCGCGACAAUCGCUCCCAAGCAGUCAGCCACGAGAUGUCGAACCUGAAGAGCCGGAGGUUGCAGGAGCCGAUCCUGCAGAGUUCGAAACCACCGAGGUCAAGCCGACUAAUGUCGAGCCCUCAGAGAUCGCAACAGCUGAACCCGAGACUGCAGAGGUCGACAAACCAGAUGUCGAGCCUGCUGAAGUCAACCUUGCGGAAUUAGAGUCCAUGGCAAUUGACCCUGUGGAAGCUGGGCUUACGACUGCCGGGGCCAAUGAGGCCGAGCAUGCAGACGCCCAGCCAGCAGAGGCCACGCCCAUGAACACCGAACCCAUCGAAGUGGAGUCUUUGCAUGCCGAGCCUACGAAGGGCGAAUCUACAGAGGUGCAGCCUGCGACGGAUGAGCCCGAGGACAUCUGGCAGGCGCCUGUCAAAGGCAAGAAAGGCAAGAAAAACAAGAAGUCAACAACCACUCCAGAGGCGGUCGAGAGAGACGUAGUGCAUGACUCCACCUACUAUGAGCCGACGACCGUUGCCACUGCAGAUGCCGCUACGAACCUUUCUCAGCCAACUCCAGCUGAUGAGCCUGCGGACUUCUGGCCUGCCCCCUCCAAAGGCAAGAAAGGCAAGAAGGGCAAGAAGUCGGCAUCUCUGCAGCUGCCCACUGAAAGCGAAGAUGCAGACAACGUCGCAAGCAAAGAUGUGCCGCGGGGUUCUGGUGCAGAUGCAAUUGCAGAGUUCCCUGAGUCGGCAACAGCCGAACCCGCGGACAUCUGGUCUGCUCCAACGAAAGUCAAGAAGGGAAAGAAGGCGAAGAAGAAUAAAUGGAGCACGUUCGACACGCCUGGAACCGACGAGCCCGGUGGCGGUGAAGAGAAUCGGGAUGCUGCUGCAUUGCCUGGUGAUGCUAAGGCCGCCGGUGACACUGAGGUCGAAAGGACCAUCGCAGAACCCGAAGACGUGCCAUUGCCAGACGACACUUCCGCUGGCGAACUCCUACCUCCAUUGCCUGAAUCACCCGCCCAUAAUGAGUUUCAGGCGCUGGAGCUUGCUGACGGAAUACAUCAAGUUGACCAGAGCAACGCUUUUGAUUCGAUCUCUCACGACCGGUCACUCGACGAAGAUUCACGGUUAAUCGACUCAGGAAGUGAACAUCUCAGAGAACCAGCAAUCGAAGAUUCACCUCGUCAUGCAGAAGACGAGCAAAUGCCAGAAGCUUCCGACGUUCCGCCUAAAGCGGCUGAGGAUGCGUCGGCACCACUUCCCCCAGUCCCUGUGGGACCAACGGAGCCAGCUGAUGCUUUGAGUGUUCCUCUGCCAGUGGAGGCAGAUAUGGAGUUGGACGAAAACACCGAGGGCAGCGCUUUCGAAGCGCCGGUACCUGAUGCCGCUCCUGCAAUGGCAACGCCUAUCGUCCAAGAUGAGCAAGCCUUAGUUCCUCCCACUGACGAUCAGCGGGAUGUCGACUUCACAAAUGAUGUUGCAGGGGCGCUGGCUGACUCCGGAUUCAACCCUGCUGACUUCGCGGACCAGCCCAUUUUCCAGCGGCGUACCUCGCCACCUGCAAUGGUUGGAGAGGCUGAUCCUGAAGAAGUCUUCACAACCUCCAACAAGAAAAAAAAGAAGGGCAAGAAGGGUAAGCGUGAGAUGGCUGCUACGGAGUCAGAUGCAAUCGAAACAACGCCGGCCGCUGCCGAAACCAGGGAAAUCAACGCACCCGAAGACCGCUCCGCAACACAGCCAGCAGACGACAUCAACGAGACUAUUCAGAAGGCUUUGGCGAGCACAGGGUUCGACAGUGCGCUUCUUCAGGAAGCAACGACGUCCAGCCAGGAAGCGCCGAUCAACGAGCUGGCUGGCGAUGGCGAUUACAACUUCACCACCUCGAAGCGGAAGAAGGGAAAGAAGUCGAAGAAGUCAACGCCACCUCAAUUCGAAAUGGUGACACCGAGAGCGGACCAGUUUGAAGGAGAUCAGGACGCGAGCGACAGUGUGACUGCACCAGGGAUGUCUCAGCCUGUCGCAGAUGAUCAAAGAGUCCCACCCGCAGACGCAGAUCCUAUGCCGGCAUCAAGAAGUGUGGAUGGCGCUGAGACAAUUCCAGAUGAGACCACAGAUAAUCUUUACACCGCGGCCCAAGAGACCACCGACCUGCCUUCACAAGACACAAUGCCUCAGCCAGCUGCUGAGACGACAGAGGCGACCUCCCAAUUCGAAGUAGGUGGAUACCAUGAAAUGGACCUGGAAGAAAUGGACAAGGCCUACAAGAUGUUCAAGAAGAACAAGAAGAAAAAGAAGCAGAAGGCUACGGCUUUGGAACCACAAGAUGAGCCAUCCAGUGCCUUUGAGGAACCGAAUUCGGCCCCACGUGUCGAGCAGAAUGAUCAAGGUCAGCUAGGAAACGCAGAUACAGCGAAGGCGCAAGAUUCCGUCCGCUCGGACACUUUCGCAGACCAGGCGCAAGCACCGCGAGAGGUCGAUACGUUUUCAGCAAAAGCCGAACGCGGCAGGUCACCCGCCGAGACGACAUCGAACGAAGAACCAGCUGCGUCUCCCAAAGACGUCGCCGGUGGUUUGCUUGGCUAUGUCAAAGCAGCAGCCACCGGUCUUUCCACCGCCGCCGCAGCUGCAGCAGGCCUACAUCAUGUUUCACAAGAUGAGCCCGACACAGAGAAAGAACUUGGUCGCUCCCGAGACGUCUCAAGAGGUCACAGCCAUCAAGAUGCCCAGCCCUGGUCAUUCGCCAACCUCGAAGGUCCAGGUGAGCCACUCCCGGAGUCUCCGUCGCUUGGUCAAAAAGCGCAUGAGAUCGCCAGGGACAGCGGCUACCAAGAGGCAAGCAGCCCGUUGAAGCAGCGCCAUUCUCUCGACAGAACCAGUCGCGAUACUCCUUCUAUCCGGGCAACAGCGUCUCAUGAAAGCCUGAGCAGCAGGAGAUCUGCUGAGCCACUGCGGAUCUCCACAGACAACACUGCAUUUGACUGGGAUCUCAAUGUACCAAAGAAGCGCGACAAUGCCACAGACGAGCUCUCGCAGGGUGGUCUGCAUGCAAGAACGCCGAGUCAGGGCACAGACAAUACUCCGCUCGAGUCCACGACCAAGAAUCGAGCCUCGUAUCUCUUCCAGGCAACACCUGAUACCCUCCGAGACCUGCCUGCCAGCGGUUCGCCAACUCCCAGCGGACGGGCACCGUCAGCGGAGUACUUCGACAGCACAAUGCCAAAGACGCCUAUGGAGUCCCAGUCUCUUGAGGUUGAAUCCUACUCAAGAGAGCCAGAUCGUACUAUUUCCUCGCCGCCGCCUUCCGGUACCAUGAGCCCAAGGAUUCCGCUUGACACCAUCCCAGAGGAACUCCACGCACACAAGCGCACACUGGCAGAAACCGGGCUUGCACAGCCGGAUAGCAUCAAGUCGACCCGCCGGACUCAGACGCCUCAGACUAUUCGAGCACGAGAGAGAGCACUUUCUCCCACGGCAGCGCCUCCCUUGACGACGCCAUCUGGUGGAAGUCGAGCAGUCGGCAACCCUCUAUCGACGGAUGAGGUGAUCCACAACAUGCCAUGGCCUGCCAUAGACGAGGACGGUGGCAAUGUCGGGAUUGACCGAUCUUUGGCACACAAGCGUUCCAGGCAAGCCUCAUUGGACCACCGACCGACGAGCGUCAUGAGCAACCGCUCAAACAAGAGUGCGAGUCAGAUGCGGACGCCUGAAGAGCUUCGAUCGUAUUCACGCACGAGCAAUCGCAGCUCAACCCCGACUCUAAGGCGAAUCAGCCUGUCAGGUGACCUGCGGGCCGCUAGCCGGCGGGGCGAUUCGGGAUCUGCCGUUGGUGCCCGGUCGUCACCUCGCACAAUUCCCUUCGAAGCUCCGCCAACACCUCCAUCAAACGACGAUGAAGUGAUGGAUGGGGGCGCGUCGCGCUCAGUCGACAUGUCCGAUGUCUACCAGGGCGUUGGCGAUGCGCAUGCGUCGCAAGUUUCGCCGACGCGACCACCCAGCAUGCGCAAGCGCCAGAGCAUGCACAUCAUGGAACUGGAGUCCAGGCUCAAUCAACUAUCGGCAGAGAACCAACUACUCCAUGAAUCGGGCCGUGGCAUGCCAGAUGAGCCAGACGCGCUCCGUUCGCGCGACCUGCAACUGCAGGAAAAGGAACAUGAGAUCUCCCGAUUCAAGACCAUGUUGCAGCCAUUGCAGGAAGAGAUCGCUCGUUUGAACGAUCUGAACGCUGGUCUCACCCAAGCAAACCGCGAUUUGGUGGACGAAGGCAACGAGCGAUAUCUCCAGCUCGACCAGGAACGGAUGCACGCGCAGGAGCAGUGGCAAAACACCAAUAGAGAACUGGUCACCGUGCAACAGGAACAUGGCCGGCUCAACGAAGGCAUGAAGGACAUUGUUGAGGCUGAGGUUGCCGACAGGCUCAUGGACAAGGACGCGGAGAUCCAGCAACUGCGUGAAGAACUUGACAUCGCUUCAGAAAAGAUCAGAGCGCUGCAGAUGCAGGUCCAGGCGACACGCGGUGACAGCGGCUUCCCGUACCGCGACGAAGACUACUUCGACGGCGCUUGUCAGAAGCUCUGCCAGCACGUCCAGCAAUGGGUCCUCCGCUUCUCCAAGUCUUCAGACAAACUCAAGUGUCGUAAGACGAGUGAACUCAACGAUGAGCCUCUGGAAACUCGUCUCGACAACGUCAUUCUCGAUGGGUCAGACGUCGACGUGCUCCUGAAAGAGCGCAUCCCCAGGCGCGAUGUCUUCAUGUCUUUGGUCAUGACCAUGGUGUGGGAGUAUGUGUUCACCCGAUACCUCUUCGGUCUGGAUCGCGAGAAUCGACAGAGGCUCAAGCAGCUCGACAAACUCCUCACAGAAGCUGGACCACCGAAGGCGGUUGCUCAAUGGAAAGCAACCACUCUCACGCUUCUGUCACGGCGGCCUGCCUUCGCCGAACAGAAAGCCAGAGAUCUGGAAGCAGUCGUGCUUGACAUCUGGGAUAAGCUGUGCGCCCUGCUGCCACCUCCAUCGAGUGCCAAGGAGAACUUGCUGGAGUCGCUGUUCAAGGUCGUCGGAAUUGCUGCAGACCUUUCAAUCGAGAUGCGCAUCCAACGAGCGGAGUACAUCAUGCUGCCGCCGCUCCAACCAGAGUACGACACGAAUGGCGAUCUGGUCCGGCAGGUGCACUUCAAUGCAUCGCUCAUGAACGAGCGGUCGGGCAUGUUCAGCUCGAACGAGGAAUUAGAAGAAUCGCAAGCGGUUGUCAAGCUCGUGCUGUUCCCGCUGGUGGUGAAGAAGGGCGAUGAGUCUGGAGAGGGCGAAGAGGAGAUUGUGGUCUGCCCGGCGCAGGUGCUUGUUCAAAGUGACAACUACAGGGGCAAGAGGGUCGUGAGAGUUCAGUCCGGAGCAAUUCCGAUGGAGAUUGAUGACCCCCGGCGUUCGAGGCAGAGCUUGAUUAGUGCUCAAGGGAGCAUGCCGUUUUGA